UAUCUCUGGCUUAUCAUGUCUGAGAGGCCUGACGAGUAUCACUGGGACCGCAGAGACCCUGUUCCAAUGUUACCAUUGUUAUUGUGUGCAGUGGGUGUGCGCCUGGCCUGGGCCGCCUGUCUCAACCAUCUCUUCUGUUACAAUGACUUGUAUCUUGAUCACAGCAGGUUCGUGACCAUACAUUCUGAUCUGGCUGAGAGGUCAGCAGUCACUUGUGGAACUCUGUGUCUGCAGCGAUGGCCGGAGACCCACCUGGUGUUGGCUAAGUUGGUGGAUGUUAACCAACUUCUGGCUUGUGGCUGUGGUAGCCAGCUGGCUGUGGGCAACCUCUCGGGCAAAGUUAAUGAUUACUAUGAUUGUUAUGUGUGUCCCGACGGUGACAAUCAGAAGUGUGGGAGCGAGAAGACGACCAGCGUCUAUGAAGUGGAACACACUAACCACUCUUGUAGGAGAGUCCACCUUACUGUGCCAGAGAAGAUAAUCUUCACCUCCACCACCACCACCUCCACAGAUCCUCCUACGACGCAUGUAACCCACUCCAUCUCUCCCUGGCAGAAUUCAUCCAUGAACUAUACAAAAAUAGAAACAAUGAGGAAAACCACGAUACAUCUAGCUAGUAGGAAGCUGUCGGGAUCUCCGACUUUGGGUUAUUUAGGAUGCUACGAGGAGAUGAUGAUCAACGAGUCAGCGGUGGUGACAACGUUGCUCCAGCGACCAGGUGUCAACAUUACACACUGUGCCAGGAGCUGUCUCCUCACUCACCCCUCAACCCAAGUCUUCCUGCUUAAGCUCCUCAACAUGGACCGCAUUUACUGUGGGUGCGGGAUGGAGGUGGCUCUCGCCUGGAGUGCCGAGGGGACGGGCCACUGUGACCUCUACUGCCGGGAUGACCCUCGUCAGCCCUGCGGUGGCUGGGUUUCCGUCAGCGCCUACGCCAGGAUAACCAGUGCUAGCGAGUCAAGACUUUCCCGUAGCAGCCUGCUGCUCUUUCUGCCAUUCCUAGUGAUCUUCUGGGUGUAGCGUCUUCAGGGGAGAAAGGACGUUAUAAUUAUGUAUAUAUAGUGCUUUCUUUCAUAUAAUUUUAUAUUGCUGAAUUUUCGUUAAUAGCUAAAACGAAAAUUUUAUAUUAUUAUAUACGUAGGUAGAAUGUAAAAAAAACUACACCUCUCAUUGUGCUCAGUGAAAGAUGUUAGACUGGCUACCAGUGCUGCAAACUACCUGCCGGCUUGUUUCACAGUUGGUGCCAGACUCAAGCCGGUACGAAUCACCAGACGUUGGAUUGGCAGGCCUUACCUAGCUCUCUCUCGCUUUCUCUGGCAGAGGAAACACCCCCAUCUUUGCUCUGUCAGGGAGAAUGCUGUUCUUUUAAGCUCGUGUUGCUUAGACUCUGGUUUUGGUAGAAUAUGUCUCCGAUGGUGAGCCGGAGCAUGCAUCUAGUAACUCUGUGUAACUCAGUUCAUAGAGCAUUAUUUAGACUUAGUUUUAUUUGACGUGUUCAGAGGUUGUGUAUUGUGAGGCACUCUGUAUCUCUGGUCCCGAGUUCAACUCUCGACCUACAUUUGUUCUGGCAUCUAUGCACUACAUUCAGCAAUUCGAAUUGCUGAAAUCAUUUUCAGUAAUAAGGAAGUUUUAGCCAAGGGUCUACUAUAGUUACGGUCGUUUUGGUCUUCUUCAUUCCUUGCCUGACGCUGUGCUGUUCAUUGCUGUUUGGAGCAUUAUUGCUGUUUGGCACAUGAGUCGUUAUUAUGUUCAAGCAAGCUGUUUGACUGUCUCGAUGGUCCAGAAGUUAGCUUAUUUAGGGACGUAUUGUUAUAUGUCACAUUGUAAGUCUAAGUCGAAUCAAUCCGAGCAUAUACCGAGCACUCACAAACACACACACUUACACACCUAUAUUACUCUUGUAUUCAUAAGUACAUUUCAUCACAGGAACGUACCAGAUGGUACAUAUUAAAAGUAAUGUAGAAUCGAAUGUGCCCAUAGCAUCAUAUGUACAGAAUAACCAUGAUAUAUAAGUGUACCAAGUUAUACUGUGUAGAAACUUAUCUCCGUAUUCAAACUACAUUAACUGUAAUUAUUACCACCUAGACACUUUUGUUAUGCCUUUAUUCAGCUGCAAUUCAAAAAGCGCUAUUGAGGAGCCACCACAUUGUCCGGGAUAACUGGACUAGAAUAAAGUCUAACAAACUGUUACAGAACCAGAAACAGGUUAGAUGCUAGAGCAGGAUCAGUAAGUUGACCUUCUGGUAUUUUCUGGAAAUAUCUUCACUUAAUGGAUGCCACAAUUUCUAACACAGGGCCUCCCGAGGACUUUAGGACGUCCUGGUAACGUCACGGGCAUCCUGGAGACGUCUUGGUCGUCCUGGUGACGUCUUGGUCGUUCUGGUAACGUCUUGAUCGUUUUGGUGACCUCUUGGUCAUCCUGGUGACCUCUUGGUCGUCCUGGUGACGUCUUGGUCGUCCUGGUGAAGUCUUGGUGGUCCUUGUGACGUCUUGGUCGUCCUGGUGAAGUCUUGGUGGUCCUUGUGACGUCUUGGUCGUACUGGUGAUUUUUUUAGUCGUCUUGGUGAUGUAUUGGUCGUCCUGGCGACUUCUUGGUGGUCCUGGUGAUAUCUUGGUAGUUCUGGUGACUUCUUGAUGGUCCUGGUGACGUCUUGGUCGUCCUGGUGAAGUCUUGAUGGUCCUUGUGACGUCUUGGUCGUCCUGGUGACGUCUUGGUCGUCCUGGUGAUUUUUUAGUCGUCCUGGUGAUGUCUUGGUCGUCCUGGUGACUUCUUGGUGGUCCUGGUGAUAUCUUGGUGGCUCUGGUGACUUCUUGAUGGUCCUGGUGACGUCUUUGUCGUCCUGGUGACGUUUGGUCCUUCCGGUGACUUCUUGUUCGUCCUGGUGACGUCUUGGUCGUCCUUGUGACGUCUUGGUCGUCCUGGUGACGUCUUGGUCGUCAUAAUAACUUCUUGGUUAUCCUUAAUACCACUGUUGAAGUGAGUAUUCACGUGUUAACAUUAACUUAAUAUGAUGGAAAGACAGUUGUCAGUGAGGAAAUAUUUGAACAAACAGACGUGAAGACGUAGUCUGAAGGGAUUAGUCCCUGAGGAGGCUAAGGGACUGACCACCUUACAUUACUACCACAUCUACCACUUCAUGUCUCCCACUGUCUUAAGGAGUGUUCUCUGGGGUGAUAAAGACACUACUGGGCGAAACGUUCUACAAUAAAGAUAACCAAAUCUUG